UUAAAUGCACACACACAGAGGCACACAGGGACGGGCGAUUUGAAAAUAUUCCUGAGAACGCAAUUUGCGCUCAUGCGGCACAGCGUCACAUGAAAGAGGCCGCCUGAAGAGCUGGCUGGCACAGGUUUAUUUUGUUGUAAUAUUUUCUUCCACCCCCCAGCUCUUUACCCAGUGGAAUGAUAUCCAGAGCAAGUUUUUUGAGACAGGAAGUGAGGAAUGUUUUCACUAUGAGUGAUCUGAGAAGAAGGUGGGUUAGCCGAGAUAGCAGCUGUUUCGGACAAGAGGAACACAGUAAGUCAGUUCCCGAGGAAUACAGAUGAGAUGGCUCUGGGAGAAAAAGUCUUGGAGCACUGAGGGCUUUUUUCAGCUACACGUAUGUGAAAGGAGACUCGGUGUCUUUGGAUCGCUCUACAAGGAUUCCAGUGGAUGUCUCUUCUGCUUGUUUCUUGGUGGAAAACUUGCUUGUCUUUAAUGGAUACUGCUGCUGCUGGUUGAUCUCUGGAGACUUUACAGCUUCUUACCUGUUGAGAGGAGACAACUUCCCGUCCCCUCUCAAGGUCCCGGUGGUAGUAGCUCUUUAACAGUAGCCAUCCGUGGGGGAAAAAGAAGAUGCCUCUACCUUUUGGGUUAAAAUUGAAACGAACUCGACGUUACACAGUAUCCAGCAAGAGCUGCUUGGUGGCUCGUAUCCAGCUGCUCAACAAUGAAUUUGUGGAGUUCACGCUGUCAGUGGAAAGCACGGGCCAGGAAAGUCUGGAAGCAGUGGCUCAGAGGCUUGAAUUGCGGGAGAUUACGUAUUUCAGCCUGUGGUAUUAUAAUAAGCAGAAUCAACGCAGAUGGGUAGAUUUGGACAAGCCUCUGAAAAAGCAGCUGGACAAAUAUGCCUUGGAGCCAACUGUGUAUUUUGGAGUAGUGUUCUAUGUGCCUACUGUUUCUCAGCUUCAGCAGGAGAUUACCAGGUAUCAGUAUUAUCUGCAAUUAAAGAAAGAUAUCUUGGAGGGCAACAUUCCUUGCACACUGGAACAAGCAAUACAUCUGGCUGGUUUGGCUGUUCAGGCUGAUUUUGGAGACUAUGAUCAGUAUGAAUCCCAGGACUUUCUACAAAGAUUUGCUUUGUUUCCAGUGGGUUGGCUACAAGAAGAAAAAAUAUUGGAAGAAGCAACACAGAAAGUUGCCUUGCUACAUCAGAAGUACAGAGGCCUUACUCCUCCUGAUGCGGAAAUGUUAUAUAUGCAAGAAGUAGAAAGAAUGGAGGGCUAUGGUGAAGAGACCUAUCCUGCAAAGGACAGCCAAGGAAGUGACAUAUUCAUUGGAGCAUGUCUUGAUGGUAUCUUUGUAAAACACAAAAAUGGUCGUCCUCCUGUUGUAUUUAGGUGGCAUGAUAUUGCCAACAUGUCCCACAAUAAAUCCUUUUUCGCAUUAGAGCUGGCCAACAAAGAAGAGACAAUUCAAUUCCAAACUGAAGAUAUGGAAACAGCAAAAUAUGUGUGGAGGAUGUGUGUGGCUAGACACAAAUUUUACAGACUAAAUAAAUGCAGCCUAGAUUCCCUGGACUCUCCACCUGAGGAGGGCUCUCAGAAAUCUUCCCUCAUUCUUUCCCUUCCACGCUUUCCAAUCCUUUCUCGUCCUUCAUUUCCUAAAGGACAAACUCAGCCUGUUACAGUGAAUCCUGUUAGAAGACGGUCUUCGUCCAGAAUGUCUAUGCCUAAGCCUCAGCCUUAUAUGAUGCCUCCACCACCUCAGCUGCAUUACAAUGGUCAUUAUACUGAACCAUAUGCAUCUUCCCAAGAUAACCUCUUUGUGAGCAAUCAGAAUGGAUACUACUAUCACUCUCAGACUAGCUUGGAUAGAGCCCCUCAUGACUACAGUGGUCGGAUCCGCAAUGGUAGUGUCUAUAGUGCACACAGCACAAACUCCUUGAACAACCCACAGCAUUACUUGCAGCCAUCCCCCAUGUCCUCUAACCCAAGCAUUACUGGAAGUGAUGUCCUCAGAACUGAUUAUGUCCCAUCACACAGACAUAGUGCACUAAUACCACCUUCUUAUCGUCCCACGCCAGACUAUGAGACUGUGAUGAGACAGCUCAACAGAGGAAUGGUGCACACAGAUAGGCAGAGUCAUUCAAUGAGAAAUCUUAACAUCAGCAAUUCCUAUGCUUACAGCAGACCUGAUGCCUUAGUUUACAGUCAGCCUGAAAUACGAGAACAUGCUCACUUUGCUGCCCCACAGUCUAACCAUUAUCCAUUUAACCUGAACUACAGCUUUCAUAGCCAAUCCCCCUACCCAUAUCCUGCUGAAAAGCGCCCAGUUGUUGGGGCAGUCAGUGUGCCUGAGUUGACAAAUGUGCAGCUCCAGGCUCAGGAUUAUCCAGCACCAAAUAUAAUGAAGACCCAAGUCUAUCGACCACCUCCCCCAUACCCGUACCCAAGGCCUGCAAACAGUACUCCAGACCUUUCCCGGCAUAUCUACAUCAGCAACAGCAAUCCAGAUCUGAUCACAAGGCGAGUGCACCAUUCUGUCCAGACAUUUCAAGAAGACAGCCUGCCUGUGGCACAUUCUCUUCAGGAAGUCAGUGAGCCUCUAACAUCGGCACGCCAUGCGCAGCUGCAGAAAAGGAACAGUAUUGAAAUAGCAGGCUUGGCUCCCAGCUUUGAAGGAAUAAGGAUUAAAGAGAGGACCAUGUCAGCUUCUGCAGCAGAUGUGGCUCUUCCAAGAGUUAUCUCAGAAGGGUCACAGCCCAACAUUCUGAUGGAGAGAGCGAAGCAAAAAGAAGGUGAGCAAGAAGAAUGUGUGAACUGUGAUCAUAAGAAAACCCUUUCAGAUGCCACUAUGCUGAUUCACAGUAGUGAGGAAGAAGAAGAAUUUGAAGAAGAAAACAAGGCUAAUACAAGUCUUUCUCCUCUGCCCGAAGAUCAAACCCAACUUUCAUCUGUUAUUGGAGGUUAUUCUCAUGAUUCAGUACUGAAGUACCCUUAUAGCUCUGUUGCUUCAUCUGCUGGCCCUCUGCAUAUUCUUGAGCCUAAAUUACAUAUUACAGAGGCAGAGAAGAGAAUGAAAGAUAUGAGCCCUGUUCAUUUACUAGUAGAAAGCCAGGUCCAGAGAAGAGGGGAAGGACUGCUAACUCCAUCCAUGUCAGAAUCUGAUCUAACAACAUCAGGGAGAUACAGAGUAAGGAAAGAUUCAGUAAAGAAGAGACCUGUGUCCGAUCUUUUGUCUGGGAAGAAGAAUAUUGUGGAAGGCCUUCCCCCGCUAGGUGGUAUGAAAAAGAAUAAAAAUGAUGCAAAAAAAAUGGGCCCUCUAAAGCUAGCUGCCCUAAAUGGACUUGCAUUGACUAGAAUGCCUCUGCCAGAUGAGGGGAAGGAAGAAUCAACAAGAGCAACAAAUGAUGAAAGGUGUAAAAUUCUGGAACAACGGUUAGAGCAGGGGAUGGUGUUCACUGAAUACGAGCGCAUUCAGAAAAAAAGGCUUAUGGAUGGUGAGUGCUCAAUAGCUCGGCUUCCUGAAAAUGCUGAAAGGAACCGGUUCCAGGACGUCCUUCCUUAUGAUGAUACCAGAGUAGAGCUAGUCCCAACCAAAGAAAAUAACACGGGUUACAUCAAUGCAUCUCAUAUCAAGAUCUCUGUUGGGGGCAUAGAGUGGGAUUACAUUGCUACGCAGGGCCCUUUGCAGAAUACAUGUCAGGAUUUCUGGCAGAUGAUCUGGGAACAAGGGAUUGCCAUCAUAGCUAUGGUGACAGCAGAGGAAGAAAGCGGGCGAGAAAAAAGCUUCAGAUACUGGCCACGUCUUGGUUCACGACACAACACUGUAACCUAUGGAAGAUUUAAGAUUACCACGCGAUUCCGUACUGACUCAGGCUGCUAUGCAACUACAGGUUUGAAGAUUAAGCAUCUUCUCACAGGACAGGAGAGAACGGUUUGGCAUUUGCAGUACACUGACUGGCCAGAGCAUGGCUGUCCAGAAGAUUUAAAGGGAUUUUUAUCAUACUUGGAAGAGAUACAGUCUGUGCGGCGCCACACGAACAGCACUGCGGAUCCUAAAAGCUCUAAUCCCCCUGUACUGGUGCACUGCAGUGCAGGUGUGGGGCGAACAGGGGUGGUCAUACUGUCAGAGAUCAUGAUCGCUUGCUUGGAACACAAUGAGAUGCUGGACAUCCCACGAGUGCUGGACAUGUUGAGGCAGCAGAGAAUGAUGAUGGUGCAGACUCUUUCGCAGUACACUUUUGUCUAUGGAGUUCUCAUUCAGUUUCUCAAAAGUUCUAGACUUAUCUAAUCCCUGUCACUUCCUAAGGGACACUGCAAGAGUUUACAGAAAGGAAAUCACAGUUGUCCAGACAGACCUGGUGUUUAAAUUGAUGAAUCACACAGUUACCUUUUAGGGCUGCUGUGUGCCUGUUAAACCUAAGUCAGUGUAACAGUCCCUACAAAGUAGGAUCUUUGCUGGAGUAAAUUCUUCCUAUGUUCAGCUGCAGUCAUAUUAAGGAAGAAUUUCACUUGUACUGGUCUAUAGUACUUACACAUAUUCUCUAGAGUGGUGUUACUCUGGGCAAAAUAAGUAUCAUGGAAUGGAAGUACACAGCACAAUUUUACUAACAUUAUGUUUUGAAACAUAAUUUUUGACUGUGUGAAAGCUAAAAUCUGUAGGAGCUCCUUGGGAAUAUCAAGGUCUUAUGCAGUUUCACUCUGCUUUCAAUUUUAUAUUUAGAACAAUACAUCUAUAUUUUUAAAAAUGAACUUUUGGUUUCCUCUGGUUUACUUAGAAAAAUUAACAGCUCUUAGAUAUUUCAAGCUGUUGCUUUAAUAACAGUUAUUUUUAUAUUCAUAAUUUUUAAAUUAAAAAAACCAAAACACUACAACACAAAACUUUUUAAACAGAACAAUGUUUUCAGAGGAGAAGACUGACAACGUUUGAACAAACUUCAAAAAUCCUGCAGAAAGUCCUAGGGGAAGCUAUUGGUAAUUAGUUGUAGUGCCAUGUAAUAGAAUUGACAAGUGAAAGAUAAUGGCAACUGUUGAUAACUUCCAUUUGAGUGGAGGCAUUUUUACCUGAAACAAGCAGGGGAAAAAUAUUUUAAGUAUCUAUGAGGUUAUUGGAAACAAAUGGAUGAGAGAAAGUACAUAUUCAGUAUUAUUCAUAUGUUUAGAGGACAGUUUGAUUUUACUGGCUGAAAUCAAAGUGGAUGCAAAUGUUUUAAGCACUUUUUUUUCUCUGUUAUUUAUGUAGUUAAAUAUAGAUAAUAUAAUCAUGCAUUGUUUCAUAUGGUAAUAUACCAUUACUAACCUGAUAUUUUAGGAAGAGCCUUUUAAGUUGAUUAAAUGAGAGAACCAAAAUGGGAGUAAGAAGGUGCACAGUGGUGAAGCAGAGAUGGUCAUAUGAAGCAUAACGGAGGAGGUGUGGCAGCUGUGAUUGCUGGUUUACACAGUGCAAAGAUGACUUCUAAAAAUGUUAGUGUUCCCAGCCAAGAAAGCCGUUAAAGCAUGAGAUCCUCCGGAUUAUUUUGUCAGUACUAGAACAGAUUUUGCUAAUGCUGUGCAGCAUUGCAAAGAAGAGUAUUUGAGAACACUCGUAGAAUGCAAGAGCUGUUAGAGGUAACACUGGAGAUGUGGGUAUUUUAGUAGCUGUGUAGGUGGCUGAGUCAAUGGCUGUGGCAUGGACCUGAAGAUGAGUCAUACCUUUGGUAGUUUCUGUUUUGUCCCAUGGGGGCUGAUCUAAUGACAGUAUCCCUAAAUAAUCCUCUGUCUGUGGUUUUCAGAUGGGGACAGUGUGGUUUUAGCUGCCUUUCUGUGUUUUGAGAUGCUGAGUUGAAAACCUAUUCAAAAUGAGCUAUAGCUUUUAGAUAUCUGGUUUAAUUUCAAAAAAACCCUAUAGUAGAUCAGUCUGCUGGAAUGCUUAAGUGUCCAUUUCCCUUGAUACCUGCUUAGUGAAAUGAAAUGAAACUAAAAGUAAUUUUGAUCAGUGCUGAAAUUAUGUUAUUUUUCUGAGCUCUAACAAGGGUUUGGAAACUAUUAAAACCCUUUCAAAAUAAUAAUUGUGUCCCAAAACAUUAAUUAAGAAUGAUAGAUAGGUUGCCUUAAUUUCCUCUAUAAUAAGCUACUUCCACAAAGAAAAACACACAGUCCAAAUAACAUUGUGCUAAUAUGUCAUUCUGUACGAAAUCUUUUACUUUAAGGCACACUGUAUUGAUCUGGUGCUUUCAGGUCUGCUUGGAGGCAGUCUGAAUUUUUGUACUCUCAGUAUAAAUUAGAUUGAAUAUUUCAGACUAGGGAAAAGAAAUGUUGUUCUUACAUAAAUUUCCUAGGAAUUAUUAAUUGCCAAAUGUAAAACUGGAAGUCCAGAGGAAACCAGUACUGAAGACUGAUUCUUUAUAUAUAAAUCUUUAUAUAUAUAUAUAUAUAUAUAUAUAUAUAUAUAUAUAUA